GUCGUUCUUCCCUGGCUGGCCGCACGUGUGCAGGACGUUUGGCAGCGCCUUGAUGUCCCUGAGGAUUCUCCCCUGCAGUGGUUCUGGAAAGGGUUUCGACGGCUUCUUCCACGAGUAACUGCUGUACACUCCAUCCUAGUAGUUUGGAAUUUUUUGCUGUUCCUCAGGUACGGUGAGUGCAGUGAGCUGCGCGACAGACUUCUUGGCAUUCGGAUGGUACAUAUCGAUCCCAUAGCGCGUCGGCAGGUCGCCUUCGAGUACAUGAACCGUGUCAUGAUUUGGAACGGUCUUUCCGAGUUUCUUCUGACGGUCUGGCACCUAGUUCUAGGUCAUGCCGCUGGUGAAUGUGUCGCGGCUGCGGCGAUCCAUCACAAGGCGGCUCCUGCCAAAGGCGUCGACUCAUGCGGAUGCAGCAAGGGCCGAACUGUGUUGUGGAUUCUGUGGAGCAUCACCGAUGACGGUGCCAACGCGGACAAACUGCGUGGAGGCAUAAUGUGCGAGGGUAUCGUGAAGAAAAGUGAGCUCGUCCUUUGGAAUGGUAGUCAGGCGUGCCAGGUGGAGAGCUGUGCAAUCUGCCGCGAGGCCUUUCAAGUCGGCGUGGACAUUUGCAGAGUUCUGGAUUGCACACACAUCUUCCAUGCCAAGUGCAUUGACAUGUGGUUUGUGAAGGCAUCCUCGUGCCCGCUGUGUAAGAAUGACCUCAAGCUGUGUGGCAGGAACAGUGCCUCUCAACGUUCUCUGGGCAGGUCCUCGCAGACGUCGUCCAACAUGUCCCUGGGCUCCGCGUCCCUGCGCUCGGGGCAGAUUUUAGUUGGCCACUCCAACUCUGAUCCGGCCUUGCUGCGGGCUUUGCACCCGGAGGGCCUGGGUCUCCUGCGGCGCAGCUCCCCGCCACCAACUCCGGACCGCCAUGCUGGCAGCGCGCCUUCCUUGGCGAUCACAUCGGACAGGUCCAUGGAGGUGAUCUCCAUCUCCCGCUCCGAGCGCUCCAUUGCGUUGCUGUCGGAGAGCUCGUCAGGCUUGCUGCCUGCCGUGCAAGAGGGCUCCGAAGAGACCAGGAUGGCACUGGAAGGAUCCACGCCGCCAUCGCCCCGCAAUGCCGACUUUCGGCAAACCUCUCACGGGAGCCGGAUGCUGCAGUUUCAGCUGCCAGAAGGGGGCUCCGCUGCCUCCACAGCGCGAGGGCCGCCUUCCUCGAGGCUCUCUGCAGGGGAUCCGUCGCAGGAGGAGGUUGGCGAGGAAGACCAGGAGGCCCUUCAGAAGCCUACCUGGCUGGCCGACCCGCAGAUGCUGGAUGGGCGGCAGAUUUCGACUACAUCGGACGAGUCACAGAGGGCAGGGGAGGCAGUGAGACCUCCCGUCUUUUCGCCCCAACGUCUGCAACAAAGGCUGGAGGUGCACCAGUUCAUGUCGCCGCAGCAACCAGCUGCGGGCCACGCCUGGUCAUUGACGCUGCCGGCAUCCGUGUCGCAGUGCCGGCUGCAGGUCGAGGCGCCGAAAGAGCGCCUUUGUGUGCCUUGGUGGCACUUCUCGUGA